UUCUAUUUCCUUAACUUCUAUAAAAAGGGUCAAGGGUUUAACAUUAUAAUUCCACAAAUUAAAGCAAUAAAAUACACCAAUAUUCUAUUAUAGUACUUUGCAGAUAUGGAAUCCUACAUCAAAAUCUUCUUCAUCACUCUACUUUGUUUUUUCGUCUUGUUCACGAGCGAAAUCGAAGGGAGAAAAGACCCAGAAACAUACUGGGGAGAAAUGAUGAAGGAGCAACCAAUGCCUGAAGCUAUCAAAGAUUUUAUAAAUCAGAGAGAAGCAAUUAAGGAUUUCAUCAAAGACUUCGAUCCAAUUCCUAAUAUCUCAGUUUACCAUGAUAAUGUGAUCAAUCUAAAAGAAUUGAAAUCCAAAAAGGAUUCAGAUUGCAACUCACAACAUCAUGAUGAUGAACUAGCAUCUAAGAAGAAGGUGUUUGAUGAUGAAUUUGAACCAAUCCCAAAUGUUUCUGUUUACAGUGAUUAAUUAAAGAGUACUACUAUGUAUUUAAUUAAGGUUUGUAUCAUUAAUUUCUUGCUUAAUUAUGUAAUUUUCUUUAUGUUUGUCUACGUACCAUAUUUCCUAAUAGAGGUCGGUCUAUCUGACAUGGCCACUCUUAAGGUUUGUGCUACUCUGAUUUAUUUCACGUAGGUACACUUCAGUAUGUGAGGGUAUAGUUUUCUAUAUUUCAUCUCGCAUAAGAAAGAAAGGGAGUGUAGAAAUUAUGUAUUUUAUGUGGAAAUUAAAAAUUUAUGUUUACUUUAUGUGUGA